AUGGGCUAUCCGUGUCAAGUUUUCCACGCUUCAGAGCUUCCUGAACGUGUCCAGACCAACCUCAGCGGCCGCAAGCGCAAGUUGGGCCAAGGAGCCAAGAAUGUCGACCUAAACGGCUGUGAGCUCCUUGAGAUGCUCCAGUACAAGUGCGAGAUUAAAGAACCUGUCAAGUGGGAUAGUCCUGUGCAGUGCUUUGCCGUUGGACGGUUAUUCAGAAAAUGUCAGGACAAGAAAGGUUCAUUCAUGGUCGAGACAACAGCGUGGGAGGGUAAAAAUUAUCCUGUAGAGGGACACAAGAGCGACGGUGGGAAAGACGGCGGAAACAGGGCGCCUCCUCAGCACUACCACUGGUCCUCAAGCUGGCACUCGCCCGACACAGCAAGAUAA